AGGUGUGGACCCUGUUCUACUGCAGACCCUGAACAUGGCCCUGCUGAAGUCCACGCUCUGUCUCCUGGUGGUCCUGGUGGUCUGUGACUUCAGCUGGGCUGAGGAGGAGGAGGAGGAGCUGUCUGUGUCGGAGCUGCUGUGGAAGGCCAACAAGGACGUCGUGCACACCGAGGACGAGCCCCUGGUCAUCGAUGACAUCGCCUACGACCAUGAGAACCAGAGGAACGCUGACCCCUGCACCUCCCGCGGCUGCAUGUGGUCCAAAUCCAGUGACGGAAAAGUCUACGUGCCCUACGUCAUCGCCUCGCACUUCUCGUCACGUGAACGCACCAUCAUCGAGCGCGGCCUGUUUUCCUUCCACGACGUCUCCUGCAUUCGCUUCAUUAAAAGAAGUACUCACAGAGACUACGUCAACAUCCAGUCCAACAACGGCUGCUACUCCUACGUGGGCCGUCGUGGUUAUUCCCAGACUUUGUCCCUGGACCGUCAGGGCUGUCUCUACCACAACACCGUCCAGCACGAGCUGCUGCACGCUCUGGGCUUCAACCACGAGCAGUGUCGCUCUGACAGAGACCAGUACAUUAAAAUCCUGUGGCACAACAUCCAGUCUGGCUGGGAGUACGCCUUUGACAAGAUCAACACCCUGAACCAGAACACGCCCUACGACUACAACUCUGUCAUGCAGUACCACAAGUACGCCUUCUCUGGCAACAACCAGCCCACCAUGAUGCCCAUCCCUGAUGCUAACGUCUCAUUUGGCAAAGGAACACAAAUGAGCAAGAACGACAUUGACCGACUGAACAGACUGUACAAGUGCUAAAAAGUGAUAAAGAUCGGGAUCAGACAGUAAUGAAACAAAUCAAGACAUCGUCAAAAAAUCGUCUUCACAUUUAAAAUGCAAAACAUUAUGAUUGGAAAUAUUAAAUAUUUCGUUAUUGCUGAA